AUGGCCGUAAAAGCAAGAGAGCUCGAUCUGUCGAAGUACAUGUUGCUUCGACCUCGCGCUCGCUCGAUACUUACUCCGGUCUUAUGCAAAUCAGACGAGCUCGUCACCAUGGCAAGAUUUAUCACUCAAGAGGGAGGAGCGUCUCGGGUCCGUGGGUACGCUACCACCCAAAAGGCUCACAGAAACAGGAAUUUUGACCGUGGCAACCGCGGUCUUUAUCCUGGCGGCCUCCCCUGCGGGAAUAUCAUAUUACCUGCCUUUCACAAUCAAUCCUGUCCAGAAAAGUAUGGCAGGUUCGCUAUCGCAUCUCAAUGCGACGCAUAUAUAGAAUGCAACGAUGGGAUUCCGGAACAAAUGCUAUGCCCUGAUGGAUUAUUGUUCAAUCCCAAUGUCAGAUAUAACUAUCCUUGUGGAUAUCCUGUAGACGUGGAUUGUGCGGGAAGAUCCAACUUACAACCUGCACAGCCAACUGAUGACUGUCCACAUCAGUAUGGUUACUUCAAGCUCGGUGAUCAACAGAAUUGUGGAAAAUUCAUAACCUGCGUCGAAGGAAGAGCCCACAUUUUCCACUGUCCCGAGGGACUGGCAUUCAAUUCUGAAUCUUAUCGUUGCGACUGGCCUGAUCAAGUACCAGACUGUGACGCUGAAACCUUCUUAGGAUUUCAAUGUCCAAAUUAUCUUGAUCAUGGACUUCAGUAUGGGUUUUCAUUUUACCCAAGUCCUCACGAUUGUCAGCGCUACUAUGUAUGCAUAAACGGUCGUCCACGAUUACAAAUUUGUAGCGCCGGGAAACUUUUCAAUAAGCAGAAAAAUAUAUGUGAUGCUGCAGAGAACGUCACUGAUUGGUAAGCAGAUUUUCAAAUCCUGCAAAGAUGGAAUACCGUUGGUCUUAUACAUGUUUCUUUACAUAUAUAUUUGAUCUCUCAAUCUAAAGAAAUAAUUAAGUAUCUCCAGGAUGCAUAAUCUCCAGUCUCAUAAAUCUGUAAAUAAUUACUAUUUUUAUUAUUAGUCAUAUCAGAUGAUAAAAUAA